AAAAUGUCUUCAGAGGAGGAUCUCUCCUGUCCUGUCUGCCGGGACAUCUUCAAAGACCCUGUCGUCCUGUCGUGCAGCCACAGCUUCUGUAGAGUCUGUCUGAGGGACUGGUGGACAGAGAGACAACUGCUGGAGUGUCCAGUUUGUAAGAGAAGAUCUUCAAGAAGCGAGCCACCGUGCAACUUAGCGUUAAAGAAACUGUGCGAGACCUUUUUAAAAAAGAGAGAUCAGAGAUUAUCAGCAGAGGCUCUCUGCAGUCUGCACUCUGAGAAACUCAAACUCUUCUGUUUGGACCAUCAGCAGCCCGUGUGUCUCGUGUGUCUGCAUUCAGAAACACAUGCUGGACACACAUUCAGACCGAUUAAUGAAGUUGCGCUGGAUCGAAGAAAGGAGCUUCUGAAAUCCUUGAAGCCUUUACAAGAGAAACUGAAGCUGUUUGAACAAGUGAAAGGAAACUGUGAUCAAACAGCAGAGCACAUUAAGAUCCAGGCUCAACGCACAGAGAUGCAGAUUAAGGAGCAGUUUAGGAAGCUUCACCAGUUUCUACACGAGGAAGAGGAGGCCAGGAUCUCCGCUCUGAGGGAGGAGGAGCAGCAGAAGAGUCGGAGGAUGAAGGAGAAGCUGGAGGCUCUGAGCAGAGAGAUAGCAGCUCUUUCAGACACAGUCAGAGACACAGAGGACGAGCUGAAAGCCGAAGACGUCUCCUUCCUGCUCAACUACAAGGCUGCAGUGGACAGAGUCCAGCAGCGCCCCCUGCUGGAGGAUCCACAGCUGCUCUUAGGAGCUCUGAUAGACGAGGCCAAACACCUGGGCAACCUGUCCUUCAACAUCUGGGACAAGAUGAAGGACAUGGUCUCCUACAGUCCUGUGAUUCUGGACCCAAACUCUGCUCAUCCAGAACUCGUCCUGACUGAAGAUCUGACCAGAUUGAGACGAGGACAGAGACAGAAGCUUCCUGAAAACCCAGAGAGGUUUGAUUUCCUUCACUCUGUCCUCGGCUCUGAGGGCUUUAAUUCGGGAUGUCACAGCUGGGACGUCGAGGUCGGAGACAGUAUUUGCUGGUUUCUGGGUGUCGCAGAAAAGUCUGGACUGUGGAGAAUAGGAUUCUCUAACAGUAAAUAUGAAGCCUUCGACCCAUCGACCCAACCAAUCCUCCUCCGAGUGAAGAAGAAGCUCCAGAGGAUCAGAGUGAGUCUGGACUUGAACAACCGAAAACUGUCGUUCUCUGAUCCUGAUACUAACACACACAUACACACCUUCACACACACUUUCUCUGAGAGACUGUUUCCAUACUUUAACAACAGCGAUGAAUUCCCCAUUAAGAUUUUACCAGAGGAGGAUGAUGAAGAUGAUGAAGACGACAGCGGCUAGAGUGAUUAUUGACCGUCAUCAUAGGCAUAAUUAGGAUGAUGAUUAGGUAGUGCACAAACAGCAACCGCUGCUGUAUCAAAUACAAGUUCAUUGUCUCAAAAUUCACAGUCAGUCUGGAGAACUAAAGAAGAACAGCAGAAAACCUGAGAAAAACACGGAAAAACUGUAACGAUGAAAAUAAUUUCUAUUUUAUGUUCAAACAUUUUUUAAAUUGUUGCUGAUUCAGGAACUGAAGCGUUCUCUGUCCUGAGCGGCGGCAGGUUAGGUGAGUCAUCACAGUCUAAACCAGUGAUACCAAACUUACGGCCCACGGACCAAAUCUGGCCCUUGGAAGGGUGCCGGGUGGCCCCCCCAAAUAUUUUCUAAUUCACAAUUUCAAAAAGUGAUUCAUACUGGGAUUUUUCUUUGUACUUUUAGUACACAUAAGGUACUAAAGUGAACAAAAGAGCAUCAAAAUAAAGCUUGUUUUUCAAAAGAAGUGCCAGUAGAGGAUCCCCACAACCCCC